UUUGGUUCGUCAUUACCACCACGGCCUGGCCUUUAUAUAAACACAUCUCCAUCCCAAAUCCAAACACCCUUUGUCAUCCACUACUUCUCUUCUUCUAUAGCAGCCUUUUCAGUUCCUUCAUCACAUCACGGUUUGGCUCCCAAUUAAGCGCUACAGCUCAUCUGCAAGUUAAAGGGAAUUAUACAUGGAUCCCAAAGUUGCUGUUGCUCUGACUCUCUCCCUCGUUGGCGGCUUAAGCACCUCACUUGGUGCACUGUUGGCUAUACUCAAUCGUGCUCCAAACAACAAAACACUCGGGGUGCUACAGGGCUUUGCUACUGGACUAAUGCUGAGCAUGUCUUUCUUUGACUUGGCUUAUGAUGCUGUCAAUGCGAUUGGUUUUCUGAAAGGAAACCUUUGGUUUUUUGCUGGAGCACUGCUAUUUUCAACAAUUGCUGAUGUUUUCCCUGAGCCGGAUUGCACUUUGGAAGAUGAAAAUGGCAAACAGACGGUUGGGGGCAGCAUAGCAGGAAAGCAACUUAUGAUGCGACACCGUCGAAGAGUUAUCUUUAGUGUAGUUGUCACAGCAAUUGUUGCUGGUGUGAGUUUGCAAAACUUCCCUGUGGGUACAGCUGCAUUUCUUGGAACAACAAAGGGCUUCCGUGUCGGUUUGAACUUGGCUCUUGCAAUAGCUCUACACUACAUUCCAGAGGGUAUUUCAGUAGCUCUCCCAGCGUACUUUGCCACUUGCAGCAAAUGGCAAGCCUUCAAACUAGCAACACUAUCCGGCUUUGCAGAGCCACUAGGUGUAGUUAUUGUGGCAUACCUAUUCCCAAGCAACUUGAACCCUGAAUUAUUGGAAGGUCUACUUGGAUUAGUGGGAGGAGUGAUGGCUUUUCUAACAUUGUAUGAAAUGCUACCAUUAGCAUUUGAAUAUGCUGGACGCAAGGAUGCUGUUAAAGCCGUAUUUGUGGGCAUGGCUUUUAUGUCAAUGAGCUUGUAUUUCCUAGAUGUUAGCCUCCCAAAGGAGAUGGGUGCUUAACAUGAUUUGCGCCUAAACCAAAUGAUGUUAUGGUCAAGAGCAUUACAACAUGGGUGUGACAACAAGGUGUUGGUGGGAAGGAUCGAUGUGCAUACAGUUCCACAUCAUGAGAUGGUUUCCGGAAAUAGUGGACAAUACAAAACGCAACUAUAUUUAUCAAGAAAAGAAGUACAAACAGGGCACAUGACACUAGGUACUAACAUGUUAUGUACAUCAAGGGCCGGAUUGUAUAUAUUCGAGAAAGCAGACACAAACCACUAAUAUGAUGUAAAUAAUGAAUGAUCGAUUAAAUAGGUGAACGGAGAGUUGUUAUGAAAAAUUGAAA